AUGUUGUUCCGCUUCGGGGUGGUGCUGCCGGCCGGGCUGGCCGAGGGGGGCGUGGUGCUCAUGGUGGCCGGCUCGCGGCCGGAGCUGGGUCACUGGGACCCGCAGCGCGCGCUGCCCAUGAGGCCCGCGCGCCCGGCGGCCCCGCUCCCUGCCCAGGAGCCCGCGCUGUGGCUGGCGGAGGCGGCGCUGCCGGACGAGGAGGCCGCGGGCACCUUCUGGUACAAGUUCCUGCAGCGCCGGGGCGCGGACACCGUCUGGGAAGGUAAUGGGCCCCAUCAUGACCGCUGCUGUGUCUACAAUGAAAGCAACUUGGUAGAUGGAGUUUACUGCCUGCCAAUAGGACACUGGAUCGAAGUCUCUGGACACACUGAUGAGAUGAAGCACACAACUGACUUCUAUUUUAAUAUUGCAGGCCAUCAAGCCAUUCACUAUUCCAGGAUUCUGCCAAACAUCUGGCUGGGAAGUUGCCCUCGGCAAGUGGAGCAUGUAACCAUCAAGCUAAAACACGAACUGGGUGUUACGGCUGUAAUGAACUUCCAGACUGAGUGGGAUGUUGUUCAGAAUUCCUGGGGCUGCAACCGCUAUCCAGAACCCAUGAGCCCAGAGGUCCUUAUGAAACUGUAUAAAGAGGAAGGUCUCGCUUAUGUCUGGAUGCCAACCCCAGACAUGAGCACUGAAGGAAGAAUACAGAUGUUGCCUCAGGCUGUCUGUCUCCUGCACGGGCUGCUAGAGAAUGGACACAUCGUCUACGUACAUUGCAAUGCUGGUGUUGGCAGGUCUACAGCCGCAGUCUGUGGCUGGUUAAAGUAUGUGAUGGGAUGGAACCUAAGGAAAGUGCAGUACUUUGUGGCCUCCAGGAGACCAGCUGUCUACAUAGAUGAGGAAGCUCUGGUUCGUGCUGAAGACGAUUUCUAUCAGAAAUUUGGACCUCUUCGCUACUCAUGCAAACCUUAG